GCGUAAAUACUUUCUGUAUAUUAUAAUAACAUAGAAGAAGGGGUAUAUCGGUCGUACAAGACCUGUACCGUACCUGUGUCGUGCGGCGAAACACAACGCGAUCAGAGUAUUUUCUAUGAACGGCAGUGUGCGCAGUAUUCGCGGUCUUCCCGAAAAGACUUUAACGCUAUUUCGUCGCGAUUUCUCGUAUAUACAGGCAUUUUUUUUUUUUUUAUAACAGAUAAAUUCGACAUCUAUAUAUACUAUAAAUAUACCUACGAUAUUUUUUACGGGCUUGCACGAUGAUGGAUUCAAAAACAAUAUGAAAGGUAAUAUCUAUAACAAUAUCAAUAACGAUUUCACGAACACGAUAAAUAUUAUAAAUAAAAUAAUAAUAUAAUUAUGGAUAAUAUAAUUAGGAUUAGGUAUAUUUUUUUUUAAAUAUUUGCAAUUAUAUUUUAUAAUAAUCAUAUAUUAUUACAAUUAUCUAUAAAUUACAAUAAUUUGUAAAAAAAUAAUAAUGAAGCAAGUACCAGUGUCAAUUUUCAUGAAAAUUCGUUAAUGUUGACAUAUUUCUUAAAACUUAAUAUUAUAUUAUGUAAAAUAAUGAUAAUACAAAUAAAAACUUUUUAUGAUUGUACUACAAAAUAUUUUCGUUUUCUAUGUAUAUUAUUUAUCUUUUCUAGGUACCUAUAUAUAAUACGUUUUCCAACGAACUGUCGAAAAUCUAUACAUUUGAUUUUGAUGUCGAAUAUCAUUUUUAUAUGGUAUUAUUGUUUUUCUAUUACCUAUACUAUCACGGAGACCCAAAAAUCUUAAACAAAAAAAAAACCUUUUUUUUUGUUCAGUUCAAAAAUGUUUAUCCGUAACCGUCGCAAUAGGUGUGUAUUUUUUAUACGUAUUAUGUGCAAUACGAAUCAACAAUACAACGGGAACGAAUCAAUUAUUGUAUUAUAAUACUACAGUAGAUACUCUACAGUAUAUAUAUAUAUAUAUAAUAAAUAUUAGGUACUACAUUAUAUACCAGCAAAACACAUAGUAUACCUAUAGUCGUGAAUUACGCAAACGAAUAAAUUGGUGAAUUUAGAAAUCUGUCUAUAUAUAAUUACGACAUAAUAUAUACUUGAACUAAUUGUAAUACUACAACAAUAUAAUAAACAUAACCUAUAAAACAUCUAUAAAACAGAUUUAAAAAAAAUUGAUACAUAUAGAAAUUCUUAUACGCAACGAUUUAUCGUUGCGUACAAAAAACAAAACUGAGCGGAGUUUGGUUAUUCAUGUUUAUACAUUAUUUACGAUUUUAAUCAAAAUUUGAUUUUAAAAUUCUUACAAAAAAAAAAUUCUAUAUUAUACUCAAUUUUUUUUAUAACAAAGUACGACUUAUAAGCAUUUCUGUUUGAUCUGAAAAUUUUAUCCACAGAGUAACAUACCUACCAAAUUAAAAUUACGUACAAAACCCGCCAAAUUAAAAUGUUUAUAAAUGGUCCAAAAAUUGCUAAAAUGUUUUGAAAAUUUAACAACGUCUGGAAAAAACAAAUAUAAGUUUUUUUUUUCCAAAUUUUAAAUCUUUACAAUAUUACAACAAAAAAACAAAAUUGAAAAAAAUAAAAGCAUUUUCUUAAAUUGUAUAGUUUUUUCUACGAUUUUUUUUCAAUUUUUCUGAAAACCACUUGGAAAAUCAAAAAAUGACUUGAAAAAAGUACCACCUAGAUAAAAUUGUUUUUCAGAAAUAGUACUACACUUAAAAAUCGGAGCCAGAUUUCUGAUAGAAACAUUUCUGAUAGUACAUAUUAAAAAAAAAAAUUAAUAAAUAUUAUUGUAAAACCAAUACAUUCUUCACUUCGCUCAGAAUCUAAAAAUGACAACGAAGGACGGUGUAAAUCGAUUUUAUUUUUGUAUUUUUAUUACUUUCUGAAUUACCUUGACUACAAAAUUAAUGACUUGAUAAGAAAACCACGAUUAAUACUAUAACUUUGCCAGUUUACCGAGAUCUGCUCACAAUUGUUUUCCGAUUACAUUUUCGAAUAAAUUAUUGCACUCAGUAUACAAACUAAAAAUUAUCUAUACCUUAUAACUUUCCUACUUCUCACCUACAAUAGUGGCCUACCCGUAGUGCGAAUUAUGUCCGGCUUACUAUAUACAUUUAUAUUUCUGUGCCUCUGUAACCGGGAAUAUUUACUUGAAAUUUUACCCGCCUCGGUAAAUUUUCCCUGGUGAAAUUGUAUAUAUAUAUUUUUUUAAUGAUUUUGUAUGAAAAUUUAUUCAGGUUAAGUAAGACAUAACUAAGUCCUAAGUAUUAAUAACUAUGUUAAAUUUAUUUAUUUACUUCUCAAAUUAAACCUUAAAAUAAUUAUUUUUAGAACCUUUUGACACCUUGAUGAAACUUAUAGGCUGUAUAAUUUGGAGAUAUGAUAAGAAGAUAAUUCUUGCAACUACAUAGUCAGAAGGUUAGCUUAAACACACGAGACGCUCUGGAAACAAUUAUUGUCACGGAACUUAUUUUAUACUAUUUUUGUUUUCGAACAUACAAAUUUUUUUUUAUCAAUAUUACGAAAAUUAUAACGAUUUCGUUAUCGAUUAUAAUGGCUCACGUGAAAAAUAAUCGAUAGACAUUUUGCCGCACGUGUCGUCACGUCGUGUUAUUGAAAAUCGCAUUGCAGUCAAUAUUAUUGUCGCGAAUACGAUUUAUGCCCGUCGCGGAAUAGGUAUCGCAUAACCGAUCUCCCCCGCAAAAUCACGGUGUUUAAUAUUGUAUAAUAUACAGGGUACACGUCCUGUAAUGUUAACGGUUUCCCUACACGCCAACACCGUUAUGUAAAUUACGGGAAACAGAUAUGAUAACGCGUGAAUAACGCUAUACGCUAUACGCGCUACUACUACUUCGGCGAUGAUGAUGAUAAUAAUAAUAUAACUGCACGUUAUCAUAAUAACAGACAUUAAACAACUAGAGUGGAAACUGUACAGUGUGUUUUCUAUAUUAUUAUAAUAUACGGUAUACGCGGAAAUUACAAAACGCCGCGAAUGAUAGUCAUUAAAAAAAAAACCCGAAUUUGUAUAAACUCGUAAAAUAUUAUUACACUAAAUAAUCGCAAGUCGUUUUUUUUUUUGUUUUUUUUUGUUAAUAUGUAAAAAAUAAUAUGCACGCAAUUACACAGAUAUAUCAUCAAGGUGAUGGUAUCCUAUUCGUAAAUAUACGACGUUAUUAUGAUGCUCGUAAUCGUUAUCAUAAUACAUCGAGAUGGGUAAUAUCGCAUCGCGUACUUUGACCGUAAUCGUUGAAAAUUAAAAAAAAAAAUAAAUCAUUGAUCUCUGACCGAGACCUUGAAAAUUAUUUUCAAAAAAAAAAUUGUUUUUUUCUUCGGGUGGCCGUGGACGGUGGAAUGCGCGGUUAUUAGAAUAUUAUUAUUAUUAUUGUUGUUCUCAGCGAGCGAUGUGUACUUUAUUAGCAACACGACAUCGCCGCCGAUCGUCGUGACAAUGAUUCGACGGGAAUUCAGUAAAAGAAAAUAUUGUGUUUGCUAGAUUAUUAUAUAUACAGGGUGAUCCAUUUAUCACGAAUAGGUGUUCUUUUCAGUGGGUUUUGAGAAGAAAAAAAAUGAUUAAAAAAAUCAUUUAGUUUUUUUUUUCAAUCAUUAAGCUUUAUUUUAACACUAUUUUCAAUUGUUUACCCCCCUCGAUCCUUAUACCCCAAACGAGUAUACAUUUUGGAUUUUAAACUCAGAUUUAUAUAGAGAAUAAGGGUUUUCAAAUUCGAAAACGAAUCAAACAAACACAUUAAAAAUGUUUGUCAAAAUUAAUCUCUAUUCGAGUCUGUUUAAAAGCGAGAUGUGAUUAUUUGAAAUUCAAAGUAUACUCAUUUAUUGCAUACUUGUACUAACAUUGCUGCUUCGUGACAAAUGUGGACCACCCUAUAUAUUAUGAUAUAUUGUUAUCAUUAAUGCUGAUCGUUAUUGUUGUUUUUUUUUUUUUUUUAGGCGGGUAUGUUAUAUAACAUCGUGGAAGAGAAAAACUAAUCGUUUUCCAUUAUCGCGACCGUGGAUAUUAUUAUUAUGAUCGACGAAUAUUAUGGUUUCCGAUUAGAUUUUUAAUGUUAUCUCGGUAAUACCGACUGCUGUACACUGUAAUCAUGUAUUUCAAACUCAACAUUCCACCCGUCUUUAAACAGGUAACGAAUAACGUGCAAUAUGUUAUGAGGUCUAAGGAAAUAUCCUUAAAACUUCCAUGUAAAAUUAUUUGUGGUUUACAUUUCCGAAGAUAAUAAUAAUGCUAAUAUCAUUAUUACCUAUAGUAUAUUAUUUUGUACGCGGUUUGAGAAGAAGGAGAAAACUACAUUUUUUCGAUCAUUAUUAUUGAUUAAUAUUAUGAAAAGUUAUAAAAACUUCAAAUAAUAUACAUACCGAAAUAAUUCCCAAGAUCAAAUUGAAAAAAAAUUAAAGAAUAAUACAAUUCUAUUAUUCUAUAAUAAUAAAAUAAUAAUGAAUGACGUUUUUUAUUUGUUUUUUUUUUGCGACCGCGAAAAAACUCGUACUAAUUUGAUUGUCACCAAAUUUUACGUGCAGUGAUGUGUCUUGAACUUUUGGCCUUUGGCAAGAAUUAUACGUAUACGUCAAUAAAAAAUUUUUUUUAACUACUAUAGGUACUAUACAUGUCCGAAAUCGGGAUAAACUGCAAUAGGGCAAAAUGAAAAUACUAUUCACUAAUACAGUCAGUGACAAAUUUGUAGAGAGCUGAUGAAUGCAAUUUUUAGAAAGGAUGGCACACUUGUUUUUAAAGAUUUUUUAUAUUCUAAGCGAAGUGCGGGAUGUAUUACUUUUCCAAUGAAUUUUAUUUUCCUUUUUUGAAACUGUGAACAAGAUUUCUACUAGAUUUGCUCUUCUAUAUCAAGAGUAGCACUUUUUCUGAAAAGAAAUUUUAUUCAGUUGGUACUUUAAGAACAUAAUUUUUAAUUUUCCAAACGGUCUUUAUAAUAGUUAAAAAAAAACGGACAAAUAAGUAUGUCGUAAAUCUUUCAUUUUUUACAUUUUACAGUUUAUGUUUUCUCCUAGAAAUCUUGCACAAUAAAAAUAUUACAAGAUAUCUUUGUUGGUGUAUUUUAAAUCUAGUUACUUAAAAAAAAAAAAGGUAAUUUUUUGAUUUUCCAAGGAAUUUUUCAUAAUAAUUGGUAAUAACCAAAACAAUACGAAAAAGAAAGCUAAUAAAUUUAAGGCGCAUCAAGACGUCAACAUUUCUUUAUUUUAACUUUUUAUGGCUAAUGUUUUCUACCAAAAAUAUUGCCUCUAGUAAAAAAACAGCAAGAGACCUCCGCUCAGAGUAGUUUUUCAUUAGCAAUGAUUAAUCUUUGCAUAUAUAUAAACAGAAAAAUUGUCCAUCUAUAUCACACCCUCCCAACUUCUAACUUACAACUGUGGUCCACUCAUCGAGCAGAAGUAUGCCAGUCUAUUUUUUUUUAAUCCGUUCCUUGUUAAAUAUUAUAAUAGAUGUAUGUAUAUACAAAGAUUAUAAUAUAUUUAAAAUAUCAGAGUCUUUGUCUUUUGUGUGAGGAACCAUGAUUCUGCAUGUUGUUCUGGAGGAAACGGUAAAUAAAUAUUAGCCUAUAGAGUCAGAGAAAAAUGUUAAAAUACGCCACAGAUUUUAGAGUGUUUUCAAAAUUUUUAAAAACCCAGUAAUUUAAUUUUUGACGUCACAAUCAAGGUGUGAUCGCUCAUUUGUGUGAAAACUAAAUUAUGAUAUUUUCAUUGGCCCGCAGAUGUUCGCCGCGUCCGGUCCUCUGAUCGUGACUCUUAGUUCCGGGAUGACCGUCGGGUUUUCUGCGGUACUCCUACCACAGCUCAAGAACGACCGUUCGGCCAUUAGGAUCGACAGUCACCAGGAAUCGUGGAUAGGUGAGAGCAUACAUACGUACACCUAACCUAUUGGUUACCACAAAGUUUUUAACCUAACCUAACCAUAUACUGCACAUUUCUCUAUAUUCAUAGUCAAUACAAUUCUUCGUCUAUAUACUCCACGCGCUCUCAUAUCUCUCUUAAUAUUAAAUAACAAUUCUUCUCUUGCAGCCACAUUAAAUCACUAUUUACUUAAUUUCUUCAUACAUUUCUCCUAACCUAACUGUCCAAAUAUUUUAUUUUCUCUCUACUAUUUUCUUUAUUUACUGUUAUACUCAUAUAAACUAUCUCCGAUUAUAUUAUAUUCACUCAUAUAAUUUUAUAUCAAGUAACACCACACAUCCGCCACAUAAUAUUUCUACUAUAAUACUUCCAUUUUAAUUUCUUCUUUUACUUUUAUCUCUUUACUAGUUGCGCAACUUAAGUGAAUAAAUAAAUAUAAAAAUCUGAUCAAAUAUAUAAAUGUCUAUGUUGAUGUCAAAUUCUUAUUAUUUAUAUAUAUAAAAUUUAGUAGUAAGCGUCAUUCUUAUCAAUUCACGUAUUAUUCGUCUGAUCAGUGCAGUCACAUCUAUUGCGUGCGCAGGUAUCCAUUAUGCAAGUUAUCAACGAUGCGUGACGUAAAAUAAUACCAAUAGCUAAAUUAUUAGUCCUUAUCAUGUCAUGUAGACAGUGGCGUAGCCAAAAAGGUUUUGUGUGUUGUAGUCCCCUCCUUUGCUUUUUUUUUAGCCUAAGAUAAGGUUAAGAAAGCUGUAGACCCCUAAAUCCCCCUAAGCUCCUAAAACUAUUAAUUUUCGGGGGGGGGGGUUGAACCUCCAAAUCUCCCCUCCUGUAUACUUGCCUGUCUCUAUGUUGUUCUUAUCCACAAUCAUCUAUUUAGUCUUUAAAUAUUUUUGACGUUAACGAUUUAUACUUUAUACUAAGUGCAUAUUUUAGGACUGUCGGUAUGUGAUUCGUAUUUUUCUCUAAGUUCGUUAACAUUAAAAUAUCGUUUAUGAAACGAAUGCAACGCAUAUAUUAACCAUUUACUAUAAUUACUUUACUUUUAGUUUAAACAUAUAAUAUGAAUCCUUUAAAUACUAUUACAAUUAAAUUAUAAUGUUAUUUGUAUUUUUCACUCGUGUUUCAGCCAGCAUGGCAGCGCUGCCGAUGGCAGUGGGCAGCGUGCUGGGUGGCAUAUCUAUGGACAAGCUGGGCCGAAAGACGACUAAUAUGUUGAUCUGUGUACCGUUUGUGUUGGGCUGGACGGCCGUGUCGUUAGCCAACGACGUGGAAGGCGUGUAUGUGGGUCGACUAUUGACGGGCCUGUGUACCGGACUACUGGGCCCACCGUCGGCCGUAUACAUUGCUGAGGUGACGGAACAAAGGUACCGAGGUGCCGCACUCGCCAUGAUAUCGUUCUCAGUGUCAGCCGGCAUACUGAUCGUGCACACUAUGGGAACGUUCCUCGACUGGCGGCUUGUAUCAGCCCUUUGCUCAGUGAUACCGUUCGCCGGCUACGCGCUCAUAUGGUUCACACCCGAGUCACCGGUCUGGCUGUUGGACAAAGGUCGAGCCGAAUCAGCUGAACGGGCCAAGUGGCGGUUGACAGCGGCCACGUCACGAGCACUGUCCACCGACAAGCCGCAACGGCCACCAGCGACGUCCAGUCCGUCGGGUGCCGACGCCACCGUGGCCGUCGUCGUUGGUAAACCGUCGACGUGUCAGUGUUUUACCCGGGCGUCAUUCCUCAUGCCACUGAUCGUGUUGUCGGCUUUCUUUUUCAUCCAACAGUUCUCCGGCGUAAACACUGUGGCUUUCUAUUCGGUUACGCUUCUGAAACGUAUCAGCCCCGACCUCAACGAAUACCACUGCACUAUGGCACUGGACGUAAUCAGAUUAGCCGUGUCGGUGAUGGCAUGCGGGUUGACCAAGAAAUACAAUCGCCGAUCUUUGGCAAUCGUCUCGGCCAUUGGCACGUGCUUGUCUCUGUUGUGUUUGGCAGUAUCGGUGAGCGAUACCACCGCAGCUGCAGGUGCACAGGAAACAGUAAUCGCAGCCGCCGCCGUCCAUGCCGUCCCUACACGGCCGAAAGGCGCCAGCUUGACUCCCAUACUGUCUAUCGUCUCGUACAUGGUGUUUGUCAACAUAGGAUUGGUACCGUUACCGUGGAUAAUGUCGGGUGAGGUGAGGCGUCAUUUUCAUUUUAGUUCAUUUAAAAUAUUAUUUUAGGCACAUAGAAUUGUAUCGUUAUAAUCACUUCUACUCACAUAAGUAAAACGUGUCUUUAUUACGGUCAGAUAUGAGUGAAAAAUAUGUUCUAAUACCGAACAAGAUGUAUGAUGUUAGUCCAAACCAACCCCAUAUUGCUCCAAGAAAGUUUACUAACCUAUGUUAAAAUCUAAAACCUACUACUAAGUCAAUGAAAAGCCAUCAUGAGUUUAAAUGAAGGAGAGGGGAAUUGAAUAAGUUAACCUACCUGUUGAUCCAAAUCUUACAAAGCUAUAGUCAUUUAAAAACCACAAUGGGUUGCAUAUUUACAUAAAAUUUGGGCAGACUUCGGGUAGGGUACAUAACACGAAAGGAUCCCUGUGCAAAUCCGAAUUUUCGGGGUUAAACCCCUAAAAGGUGUACUCACAUGUAAUUUUGAUAUUAUUAUACGAAAUUUGAAUAUACAUUUUUUUUUUAAUAUCUUGGUGACUGAAUAAAUAAGUUGAAAUAAUAGCUAAUUAAUUACAUAGUAUGGUUGUCACGUGCAAGUAAUCAAUACCUUUUUUUAAAUGACGAAGUUUAAUAUUAAACAACGGUAAUAACUGUGAUAUGGGUAGAGGUGAAAAUGAGGAAAUGCGUUCAAUUUAAUAUCCUAUUGUAUUGAUUUUGAUUUUUUUUAAUAUUUUAUUUCUAAAUUGUAAAAAAAAAAAUUGGCACGGGCAACACCGAGUGGAGCAAUAAUUAUAAUCUUCUAAAUAUAAUAAAAUUGAAAGUCUAUAUAUUAAAUGUUUGUCUGACCGCUGUACAAAUCUACAUUUUUAUUCCGAACUUGAUGAAACUUUGAAAUUCAAUUACUUGAAAUUCAAAACACGAAAAUUGUCGCUGUUUACUUUUUCUUACACUUGGUUUUAGAUAUUUUGUUAUUAACAAAUUGAAUUUCGUUGGCGGAAUUCUGGAUUACUUUAAUGACAUAAACAAAAUUUAAAAAAAAGAGCUGAUACUUGGGACGGGUGUGUCCACUGUUGUAGAUGGGAAGUGAAGAAGAUGGAAUACAUAAAGUUAUUUAAUUUAUACUUGUAACCAACAAUAAACCAUUGAUAACGAAAAACGAUUCGGAGCAAAGUUUGGUUUGCAUGUAUUUAAAAGCAGUACUAUUUACGAUUUUCACCGAAAUUUGAUUUUAAAAAUUCUAAAAAAAAAAAAAAAUACUACAUUAAACUAAAUUUUUUUGCCACUAAGUAUGACUUAUAAUGAACCUUCAAGCAAAUUUUCAAACAUUUCUGUUAAGUCUAACAAUUUAUCUACAGAGUACCUAACAAAUAAAAAUUACGUAAAAAUAAAAUGUCUAUGAAUUGCUCAAAAAUUGCUCGAAUGUUCUGAAAGCUUUACCAUGUCUAAGAAAGUGGAUUUGAGUUUCCUGUCAAUAUUUUAAGUCUUUAAAAAUGUUUAAUACUGAAUUGCAUUAAAAAAACAAAAUUUAAAAUAAUAAAACAGUUAUUAUAGUAAAAUUUCCUGUUUUUUCUACGUUUUUUUUUUCGGUUUUCGCUCAAUUAUUAAAAAAACUACAAAGAAAAUCAAAAAAUUGAAUAACUUACUCAUGAACUAGAUUAAAAAUUCAACAAAAAAGGUUACUUGUCGUUUAUCUAUUGGAGUAAUAUUUAUGGUAUAAAACAUAGGCAAAAUGUUUAAACAAAAUUGAUCAAAAUUUGUUUCACAAAAUUUUAAAAUAAUGAAAUUAUUAAGUUUUUUUAAAAAAAAUUCAUAUAUUUCGUCGUUUUUGGCUUUUUCCAAUUAUUAUGAAAAAUGUGUCGAUAAACUAUAAUAUUUAUAAUUUGAAAAUAAUAUAUUUUGCUAUUUUUCCUGGUUUUUCCUAUUUAUUAUAAAAACACCUAAAAAAACAAAAAAUCAAAAAAUAAACUCCACAAACUACCACCCCAGUCAGAUUUCCUUUCAGAAAGUAUUAUACUUGAAAAUCGGAGCAAAAUUUCCGAUAGAAAAGUUGUUCACAAAUAUAAAAAAAAUCGAAAAAUAAACAUCAUUAUAAAACGCUCCACUUAGCUCAGAAUACAAAAUAGUUAUUAUUUAAUUUGGUUAUCACAGUUAAGCAAGACAAGUACCUUUUAUAAGAACCAUUUUAUAUUAUUAUAAUAACACAUAAUGUAUAAUAAUAGCUAAUAACGCUAAUACCGAUCUAUAAAUGUUUUUCAGAUGUUUCCGGCAUACUGUAGGGAACUCGGCAGCGGGCUGUCCACUUGUUUUGGGUUCGUCAUGUUUUAUGUAGUAAUUCAAAUAAGCCCUUACAUGUUGGCCACCGUCGGCACAUCGAUGACGUUUUAUAUAUUCGGCACGGUAUCCGGUGCCGGGGCAGUUUUCCUUUAUUUGUGUCUACCGGAAACGAAAAACAAGACUUUGGACGGCGGUGACGCGACAUGAUUAAAAAUGUAAAACGAAUACCUAUAGUAUCAUUAUUGUCAUCGUUUCUGGGCGGAACGCACCGCGCUGUUUACGUUAUAUUUAGCCGGGAGAUGGCGACGCAAUAAAAAUAACUACAUAUAUAAUAAUAUCGACUACAUACAAUAACUCUAUUUUAGGUAAAUAAUAUUCAAAGUCAACAAAAAACGAUUGCUCAUUUACGUGUACCUGCACUCAACCCGGGGGUUCACCUGAUUGUGGCCCUUUUGUACUUUGCAAAGUGUAUACCUUCUUUCCUUUUUCAUAUACCCGAUUGCGGCCCGUGUAAAUUAGGUAGGAAAUACCAUUUUCAGUGAUUAUCAAAACUAAAUAAGUAUCCCGAUUGCGUCCAAAGUAUUUUCAUAUGAAUACUGUACAGCGAACCAACAAUUAUAAAUUAAUUUUUUUAAAUAUUUUAUGCAAUUUUAAUUCGAUAAUAAUUAUACAUUUAUAUUAUAUGCUUACUACAAAUUGUAAUAAUUCGAAUACUAUCAUAUGUUUAAAAAGCGAUUAUAAUAUGUAAAUAAUAUAAAAAUAUAUCAGUAUAUUUAUAAGAAAUAAUAUUUUAUUUAUUUAUACGAUUAUACGCUAAUUUGUGAACCAAUAUGGCUUAAGACACAAUCGGGAUACUUAUAUUUGGGAUAAAAUAAGAUUAACUGAAUUCGGGCCGCAAUCGGGCAAACCCAACAAUGGGAAUAUAUGUUUUUUUCUCAUAACCGGGCAUUAUUUUUUUCACCUAGAAUACGUAAUUGUAAAUAAUAAAAAUCGGAAACGUAGUUAAUUACCAAAUACAAAUUAUUUUUUCGUUAAAAAAAUGUCAAUUUUUUUUAUAUAUAUAAUUAUAAUAUUGUAUAAUGCAUAAUCUUAUUUUAAAAUAUAAAAACAUAUUUUAGUAAACUAACGACAUGUGGUCUAAUACAUGUAAGCCGUGUGCACGGAAAAAGCAAUUUAAGCAAUUGCUUCUCCAGCGACUUUACAGGUUUCUAGAAAAAAUCAAACCAUAAGUAGCCAGUAGAUAAAACACUAUUAAUACUAGGUGAGAUGGGAGUUGGAUUUACACGAGAGUGCAGUCUAAUAUAGUCUAAUAGUCUAAUAUAUACUGUGCGAUUAAAUGAAGAUAAAAAAUCAUUUUAAAUAGUGAAUAAAGAUAAUAUAUAGCUAAUUUAUAUGUAACUAAUAUCACGACAAAAAAAAUGUCUUAUAGGUUUAUAUGUUGUAAUAUUAAAUAUUGUAUGUAUACAUAUUACAUAAGUAUACAUUCAUAGUUGUAGUUAAUAGUUUAGUAAAAACUAUAAUGUCACUCAUUGUAUCCGUAACCUUUAGGUCUGAACACCACUGUGAUAUAUUUAAAUUUAUAAUAUAAUGAAAUGGAUUUUUUUUUAUUAAUUAGGUAAUAUUUACCUAUAUAUUAUUAUUUCGAUGGCAUUCGCUUUAAAACUGC